CCUGAGUGGGACUGAGCACCCGCUGCAGGAAAGGGUCUCAGAGGGAGCCAGGAGCAGGACAGGGCUGGGAAGGAGCAGUGAAGAGGGGUUAGGGGGAGGAAGGUGCUGGUCACCCCUGGGAGCCGAGGUCCUGAUGCAGCCCCCCACCUGCAGGGCCAUGCAGGAGGAGAUCGGCUGUCCCCCACCCCUCGGGGACUGAGCUGGGACACUGUGGACAGGACAGCACAGGGUUGGAUACAGCUAUGGGGGGCCCAUGGCAGCCCCCCGGCACCCGCAUGCUGCUGGUCCUGCUGCUCGCACUCCCGAUGCUUUGGCAAGAAGCUGAAUGUCUGGAGAUCAUCAAGAGUGAAAGCCAAACGCCAGCAACCCCUGGACCCCCUGGGCAGCAAGGCUGCCUGACCGAGUGGGAUGGAGUGAGCUGCUGGUCAGCCGUGUCCGUCGGCCAGUCCCAAGCCGUCACCUGCCCUGACAUCCUUCACAUCUUCAAGAAGUCCAAAGCGCUGAUCCAGAGGAACUGCACCGAGUCGGGGUGGAGCUUCCCCAGCCCUCCCUACUACAACGCCUGUGAGCUGGAGGCCAUUGGCAGCAAUAAUGACACCGAGGCCAAGAAAGGCUAUUUUGUCACCAUGAAGGUGCUUUACACCUGCGGCUACUCCACGUCCCUGGCAGCCCUGUUCUUGGCCAUCGGCAUCUUCUCCUGCUUCAGGAAGCUGCAUUGCACCAGGAAUUCCAUCCACAUCCACUUCUUCACCUCCUUUAUACUGCGUGGGGCUGCCGUGUUCAUCAAGGAUGCCGUCCUCUUCUCGGAUGAGUCCAUCGACCACUGCACAAUGUCAACGGUGAACUGCAAAGUAGCCAUCACCUUCUUCCAGUACUCCGUCCUGGCCAACUUCUACUGGCUGCUGGUGGAGGGCAUGUACCUGCAGACCCUACUGCUGCUCACCUUCACCUCCGACAAGAGGUACAUCUGGUGGUACAUCCUCAUCGGCUGGGGUGUCCCCAUGCUUACAGUCUGCGUGUGGGUGUUCACCAGGCUGCAGUACGACAACCACGGGUGCUGGGACGACUACACCAGUCUCUACUGGUGGGUGAUCAAGGCUCCCAUCCUCCUGGCCAUAUUUGUGAACUUCCUCAUCUUCCUCAAUGUCACCAGGAUGUUAGCACAGAAGAUCCGGUCCCCAGACAUCAGCAAAAACUACAAGCAGCAGUACAUGAGGCUGACGAAGUCCACGCUGCUCCUCAUCCCUCUUUUCGGGGUACACUAUGUGGUGUUUGCACUCUUCCCUGAGCACAUCGGUGUGGAUGCCCGGCUGUACUUCGAGCUGGUUCUCGGCUCCUACCAGGGGUUCCUGGUGGCUCUGCUGUACUGCUUCCUGAAUGGAGAGGUCCAGGCUGAGAUCAAGAGGAACUGGGGCAAGUGGCAGUCAUCCAUGGAGAGCAACGUCUUCAACCUGGCAACCCAAGACUUCACAGCAUGACGAGGACAGCGUUUGGGGGCAAAUACUUCCCUGAGGACGGUGGUGGUGGUGGUGCAGCUCCACAGCUAUGGUUCCAGAAACACAAUAAAAAGAAUUUUGUAGGUUCUGGGUCUGGCAUCCUCAGAGGGUGAUGUGAAUGACUGUUGCAAAAGGCUCUGCCUGUUCGGGUACUGGCAUCUCUCAUUGAUCCAUGAUGGUUUCUCACCUGCCCAAGUGGUCAGUGUGUUAGGAAAAGGGAAGGGAGAUUCUCCACCUUUUCUGCCCCAGGACUGAGUAGGAAACACAAAUUUCAUUUCACAAAGGACAUUUGGCAUUUUUCAUUUGGCACUGGAAUAAAAACCAAAGUGGUCCCAGCGCUUUUUCCCCUUCCUGCUUUGGUUUAUAAAACUGUUUCCCUUAUGGGAAGAUGCCUAGACACAGCCCCUAGGAACCAUUCUGGAGGUGGGAGUAGCAAAUUGAAAGACAGCUGAAAACUGACAGCUUCUACAUGAGACUCCGGAUGGUUUCAUGACUCAGAUCAUCCCCUGCUUUCCAAAAUGUUUCCCAUUCUCCCGUGCCUGUUGCUUCAGGUGUGCUUGGUGCCAGGGAAGAUGGUCCAU